GUGGGGGGUGGGGGCUUCUCUCUCUCUCUCCCCCAUAGAGCGCAGCAUGAGCGCUCCGCAGCAAAAGGAUGUGUGAGCAGGCAGCGCGCUACUGUAGGGACGGAGUCCACAAACUGCUCAACAAAGAACAAGCCAAACUUCGAGCCCAGGAAAGCCGCGAGCAGCCGAUACCCGUAGCCGGUCAGGACAGCGAGUCCGCGACGGCAGCGCAGUCCGGAAACAGCGGCGCCCAGCCCGGUGGAAUCGACGGGCUCGUCCGCUGGAUCGUCACCAAAAUGAGCGACAACAAGAACAUCUCCAGCCGGGAGUACGCCUCCAGCAAGGAGGAGGUGGCCGUGGCUCAGGAGCAGUUCUUCGCCCCGGAACCGCGGAGAGGCAUCUCCGUUAUUUUGGAUAUAUUCAGAAGAGCUGACAAAGAUGAUGAUGGUAAGCUGUCUCUGGAUGAGUUCCAGGCUUUCUUCUCUGAUGGCACGCUGAACGAGGAAGAGCUGGAGAAGCUGUUUCACACCAUCGACUCUGAUAACACCAGUAAUGUUGACACUAAGGAACUCUGUGACUACUUUGCUAAGCACAUGGGAGACUAUGAAGGAGUUUUGGCCUCGUUGGAAACGCUCAACCUUUCCAUCCUCAAAGCCAUGGACUUCACCAAAAAGGUUUAUGAGAGAGGAACCAACGUUGAGCAGUUUGUGACCCGUUUCCUGCUGAAGGAAUCAGCCAAUCAGAUCCAGUCUCUCCUGAGCUCUGUAGAGAGUGCCGUGGACGCCAUUGACGAGCAGCAUAGCCAAUCAGGUCAUCUACCUGCCAAGGUGAGCCCACGGAUUCCACCGAGGCGCAACGAAAACACUGUCCCUGACUAUCCCCCUAACAACAGAGUCAGUGCCAGGGAGGCUGUCAGGACCAUCAACACUGCUUCAGGUACAGUGGAGGUGAGGAAAGAAGGAUUGGAGACUCAGAUCAACCGCCUGGCUGAACUAAUCGGACGACUUGAGAAUAAAACGGUCUGGUUUGAUCUGCACCAGAGGCUAACAGACACAGAUGGCACUGCCAGCGCAUCUUUGUUGCUGAUUCGCCAGGAGAUGGUGGUUUCCCAGAAGAAGCUCGGCGAGUUUUGCGAGGCUCUGAAGCAGUAUCUGAAGAAUGUGUCCACUCAGAGAGACUGCUUUCAUGUGACUGCAGUGCGCCUGCCUGAUGGUUUAUCCUUUGUCGUCUAUGAGUUCUGGGAUGGAGAGGAGGAGUGGAAGAGGCACCUCCAGUCGGCCCCUAACAAAGCCUUUCAGCAUGUGAAGGUGGAUACACUGUGCCAGCCAGAGGCUAUGUCCUCUGUAGCCGUGCCAGCCGCCUGGUGCAGCGUGAACAGGGACUGAGCAUGAAGAUAUUCAACUACACGCCAAGACUCCCCCGGACACUCCCCACUUCCUCUGUAACUCCCCUCGGACCCUAAAUCCCUCUCCCCCUGCGUUUCACCCGCUCUCACCCUCCCCCCUCUAAACCCCCUCCUCUUUCAACCCUCACUCCUCCUUAACUCUUUUUGUAAGUACAUGUUUACACAGUGCAAAUGAAUGGUGUCAACUGCAGUGAAAAUUGAACAAACAGUGCAUUUUACGAUGUGAGAUUAUUUCAACGCAUUUGCAUCUCACCACGGUAGUUUGCUGACUCAAGAAUAUCAACAAUAAUGUCAUGUUUCGAGUAGCUUUGAGCCACUGAGUUUUGUCAUGUAGCAAGGACCCUGACGUUGAGGUUUUCAUGUAGCAGUUACUGUUUUUGAGUAGUGUAUCUGGGAAUGAGGCUGUUUUUCCACUCCUGUUGGGGUUAAAUCAACCGCAGGCAGCUCAUCUGUUUAGCUGUUAUUUCAGUGACGCUUCAAGCGCUUCCGACGUUAUUCUCACAUCAGCCAUUCUGAACACGCAUCAUCAUUUUGAGAAAAGAGGUCUGUAGACGGACAAAGUCACCAGAUUAGCUUGCAAUCUCAGGAAAACUGAAUGUUUGGAUUUAGCUUGGAGGCUAGCGAGCUCCCUAGCUAGCUGCGACUUACAUUUCUAGAGUCCCUCAUAACGGAGUUGGUGUCGUGUGAAAUGUGUGAAACCAUGAUGGCCUUGCAAGCAGCAACAGGAUUUUCAGAAAUGAACAAGUAGGUUACCAAAUGUGUCCAAGUGUUUAAGAUGUUCUGCAUUGAUAUGGACAAAAGCUAGCUAGCUAGAGCUAGCAAAAAGCAGUGAAGUUGCACCUUUACUAACUGAUUAGAUAAUGAUAAUGAUAAUAACAAUGAUCAUAACAACAUUUAGUAUAAAACUACAUACAAUAUUCAUACAUUUCAUGCCGUGUACAACCUUGGUUUUUCAUUUUAACACGUUUCAGUUUUCCCAGAGCGACUUUUUCCAGAGAGCUGGCUGUAGGCUAAGAGGUCAAAUGUCCUAUUACCCUCAGUGUAAGACAUCCCAUACAGCUUUUUUUGGAGGGAAAAAACUCUCUUUCUAAAAUGUAACAUAUCUUACAUCUUUAAGACAAAUAAAAAUAAUUUCAGCCAUCUCAUGGACAGUUAGCUUUGAUCUGAUGGUUGGUUGACUUGUUCCAGUAAAAACUGCAUUUUACGAAAUGAUCAUGGCUACAGCCCCUAUAAUUAAGAUAAGAGAGCAUGUACACAGUAUCUCACUGUAGGUUUACAGUCCUCUGCACACUCGUGCUGUCAGAGAACCAGGGUUACAGUCAUAACUUUAGGUUUUAAAUGCUUACUUACAUUUAUGCCAGUCUGUAAAUGAAUGCAGCUACCGUGCCAGUGUUAUUUUCAUGUAUGUCUGCACAUCGUAUUUACCUCAAAAUACAACCCUGUAUUUUUUCAGUAUCUCCAUAUCCAUUAGUUUUGUUGUAUGAACUUUAUUUCGUUGAGUUUGCUCACCCUGAGUACAUGUUCAGUGGCUGCUGUGGGAGUAAUGUCUAGGGUGGUAUAUACACUCAUUUGUAAACUCACGUUUAAACAAAGAUCUGGUUUGUAAUAAGCGACAGAACCCUCAAGCCAAAUCUCUGUGAAGCCAGACAUCAGGAUUACAGACUGGCCAAUAGGAGUGGGCCACUGCAGUAUUCAGCAUCCCGCCUUAUGAAUAGGUGUUCCUCUUCACAAAUGUUUGGGUAUGUAGACAGUUGAUUUGAAUUUCUCAUGUAGCUUUUAUUUCAUGAAACACUGACACGAGAGGGUCAAGUGAGAGGUGAGAUGAACAGAUCGUCUUUGCUGUCAAGAAAUCAUUUCUGACUCCGACAAAAGUCUGCUGCUACCUUGAGACAGAAGCAUAGCGAUAAGGGCACUGUUCUCCACGCAGCUAGCAUUUGUUUUAUUUCCACCUUCUGUUUGUGCAUUACUUAUCUGAAUUGGCUCUGGGUAGCUUAUAUUAGCAGUGUGAGUCUAGUAGAGAGUGUACAUAUAUGAAAAUGUUGUUCUAUUCUGAUUAUAUUUGUAUUUAUUGACAUCUUUUAGUGCUAUGGUGCAAUUUUUUCCUCAGUGGAAGUGGCAGUAGCUGUGUAGGCUCUGCGGCUUCGUGUAACAGUUUGUUUGAAUCAGAAUACCUACCAUCAGACACUUCAGACAGAUUAACCCAUCUGAAUGACACUGAAGCCUUAAACAUCACCACGUGGUAGAGGAGGUCCUAACGGUUUUCAAAAGAUUACACUGUCUUUUUUUGAUGUGAUGUAAACUCCCAGUAAGCAGGGAAAUGCCCACUAGCGGUCUGUCAGUGUGGACCUCUUGGCAUCCGAUUACACAACACCAGUUUCGCGUUGCAUUGACAUAUUGAGACAAAGAUAGUUUCGCCAUUGCAUUAGAUUUCUGCGCACCAGACUUUCUCAUCAACAGAGCACUGCGGAAAUAACUUGGAUAUAGGACUUCACCACAUCACUUAGCGCACUGUAGCUGAUAGCAUCAAUAUCUUUCACAAUCAAUGAUCACAUAUAUCGCCACCAUUGACCCCUAGCUACAGGAGACAAGGGCCUCCAUAUUUAGAAUUCACCUGGAGGACCACGCAGAAAGAUGUGGACCACCAGAAUCAAAUGCUCGACGGCUCUGAUCAGUUGCCCCUCAAAAAAUAGACCAACGUCUUUUCAUGUGCCCAACGGUAAAACUGUUCAAGGAAGGAAUGGCUCGCUUACAGCAGAGGAUUGGUGUCAGCUCCUCUGCAGUUUUCCAGUUGGCCUCCCUUUAUUUCCGCAAUCCAAAUAACCUCCAAGAAACCUCUCCAGCAAAUAUACAUUAAUGUGAUCAUGUACCCUGGCUACAAAGGCUGAACCGGCAAUUGGGAACUGAAAUGAUAACGAGGUCAACAAACAGAAGACAAGGUUAAGUCCUGUCUUACUCCUGUUUGGCCUUUCCCGUGAACUUGGUGGAUUUGUUGGAAAUUGAUCGGACCCGCCUCAGCACCCGCUCCGAUCUCUCUUGAUCCUUGGAGCAAAUCUCACCAUGUUCGAAAAUAAAAUCUUCAUCCAUUCACCCUGGGUGGAGCUUAGGUCAAAAUACCCAAGAUUCAAUCCCCCCAGACGCCUCACCCAACCUCACCACCACUAACACCACCCUGAGCCCACCAUCGAAAAACAAUCAGACUGUCACUCAGAAAGCACAAUGUAAAAAUGAGUGAAUAUUGUGACUUGAAGAUAGAGUAUAUUAGAGGUUGUUGAGUAUAAUGAGAGUAUUUAGAGAUAUAUUGUGUUACUGUUUAUCUGGUAAAAGGUUUAUUGAUGAAUCACUACUUCUUUAUAGCUCUAUACUUUCAAAGGUGCCAUCUUGCCAUCCACCUCACUGUUGACUCUAUUUUCUCAGUUUUCAUCUGUGAAUGGCAGCCAGUCUGUCAUCUGCCAGUACUUUGGUAGCAGUGGGUGGGGGAUCCAGCUACACUGAUACUAAAGAUCGAUCCAGCACUUCUUUUAGAGCUCUGGGCUGCACUGAGCGGGGCAGGGCUGUGUGGAAUGUGGAAGUGUUGAAUAUUAUUCGAUAUAUUGUAACAGAAAUACGUAUUACAGUAGGCUUAUAGAACAGGCAUGCGAAAGCAUUGCUGCUUUAUCUGUGAAAUGUCUCUAUUAAUCUCUCCGAGUGUCAGUGUUAAAGGAGUCCUGUGGAGCUUUUGACCACUAGUAGCACUGUGGAGCAAAUCUAAGCUUCUGAUAGUCACGAUUGCUAGUUUUUGAGAAAUACAGACCGUCCUUUAAAUCUCAUAGAUGGUGUCUGCAGUAGCUAAUGGUAAGAUAAAACUUCUACAGUGAUAUAAACCUCUGCGGACACAGCGAUGACGUUAAAGUUGUCACCUUAUUUAAAUGCAGGUUUUAACCCAUCCAGACCCACCAUAAAGGAGACCUAUUUAGCCUUUUCCUUGUUUUUCCUGUCCUUCAGUGUCUCAUAUAUGCUCUUGUGCAUGCAAAAGAUCUUGACAGUGAAAAAAAGUCACCAUGUCACACUUCUGCAUCAUUUAUGCCACGUGGCAAAUUUGGCAUGGGGGGGAUACACUGAGGGAGAUAACACAGCUGCAGCAUUGGACAUUAUGAGAAAACAGAUUUUGAGCACUAAAGCAUGUAAACAUAUUCGAUUAGUAACGCAAAAUAAGAAAAUGAACCCAAAAAAAAAGAGCAUAAUAUGUCUCCUUUUAAACUGCAGCUAAUGACAUGAAAAGCAGUGACUGCAACACAACUUUGGUGUGUUUACCUGAAAGCUCCACAAGAUUCCUUUAAAACAUUCACUUCUUAAAAAAAAAAAAAAAAAAACGACUUGCACUCCUGUGCCACUUCAAAAUGUGUCAGACCUUGUAUGCGUUGAAGGAGGAGCUGCUGUAUUCCGAAUAGAAACAUAAAGCCAUAUUGCAUGGAUUGAUGUUUACAUGUCAGUGACUUACUUUACUGAUAGCCAUAGUUUUUCAGUACUCGAGUGCCCAGCUGAAUGCAGCCCACACUCUCUGAUCGAGGGUUUCUUUCCUGUACAUUGUGCCCACCUCGGUUGGGUUGUGUAUAUGAGGUAGAUAGUGAAUCAACUGUCAGAAAUGCCAAUACUGUUUCCUAUUGAUACAUUCCUGAAUGUCCCUCAGACUGUGCAACCCGUUUCUUUUCUAUCCUCCUACUCCUCAGUGCAACCUGUGCUUCGUCAUACAAUGGGAGAGUUAUGACACCGGAAAGUGAGCGAGACAGGAUUUGAGACCUUAAUUGAAUGUUUCCUGGCAACACGUUAAGAUGGCAGCCUCAGCGUCCGUGGCUGCAGGGGAGCUGGUGGACGGGCAGCGUGUCACCGGGUUUACCUCACCGAAUGCUGUUCCUCUAUACCAGGGCCAUCAGGAACCAGCCAGCACUGACCAGUGUCAUAACUCUUCCUUUAUAUGGCUGUGUUAUUUUCUAUCCUUCAACUGAGUGCAUGUCAACUGAAUGUCCAGUAACUUCUUUGCUGUAGUAUUAGGCCAUGCUACUCUUCAAUGGGUUUUGUGCAUUUCUUACCUUCUUCUUUCUUUUCUAGUAUUCCUAUGAAGGAGACAGAGACUAAAAAUCUAUUAUAUAAAAUAUAUAUGACUAGAAAAAUGGCAUAUAAGAAUGAAGAUUCACUUUUAUGGCAAUGUUUAAUGAAAUAUUAAUUCUUAAUGUAUGUUUCAGUAAAAACUGCUUUCUCUUCUUAAGUGUAGAGACUUAUUGCAGGGAUGCAAGUAUUAUAUUUGGUCUUUAAAGAAUAUCUUGUUGAAAUUCUAGACGAUGUAGAGUGAUGCAAUUCAAUAAAACUAUGAAACUGAAAA